GGGAGGGAUCAGCUGUGCCAGUCCCGGCAGGCCACACACGCUCACGGAGCGCCGGCGAACGAACAAAGCAACUAGUGCCGAUAGUGGAGCAUGGUCAUGUGUCUGCUCUUGGCGUCUAGCAUUUUCGCACCGCCAUAAGACGCACGAUGCCCCUCUCAUUUCGUGUCAGUUGUUGGCAAGAGUGCUCUUUGUAAACAGAGGACUGUCUUCUUGCAUUGGGUGGAUUACUAGAUCUUGUCAUCUGCUGCUGAUUUAAAGAUGCUGGCUGGUCGCAGAGAGAACAGCAGGGCUGCCUUUGCCCUGACAAAGCCGCUCAAGAUGAACAUGGUGAAGAGGAUCAUGGGGCGGCCGCGGCAGGAGGAGUGCAGCCCCCAGGACAACGCCCUGGGCCUGAUGCACCUGCGCCGUCUCUUCUCCGAGCUGUGCCACCCGCCCCGCCACAUGACCCAGAAGGAGCAGGAGGAGAAGCUCUACAUGAUGCUUCCUGUCUUUAACAGGGUGUUUGGGAACGCUCCACCCAGCACCAUGACAGAGAAGUUCUCCGACCUGCUGCAGUUCACCACCCAGGUGUCACGACUCAUGGUGACGGAGAUCAGACGCAGGGCAUCCAACAAAUCCACCGAGGCAGCCAGCAGAGCUAUUGUCCAGUUUUUAGAGGUGAACCAGAGUGAAGAAGCCAGUCGUGGCUGGAUGCUACUGACCACCAUCAACCUACUGGCCUCAUCUGGACAGAAAACGGUGGACUGCAUGACAACCAUGUCCGUGCCGUCCACGCUGGUCAAAUGCCUCUAUCUGUUCUUUGACCUUCCACACAUGGCCGAAGCACCCGUGGGUUCCACACAGACACCCCCACCGCCACCACCUCCAACCCAGGAGAAGACAGCGGUCCAGGGCCAAACCCAACCUGAACUCCCUCUGGCAGACCGCCGUGCUCUGCUCCAGAAAGUCUUCGUCCAGAUCCUGGUGAAGCUCUGUACUUUUGUGUCUCCGGCGGAGGAGCUGGCUCAGAAGGACGACCUCCUCCUCCUCUUCAGUGCCAUCACAUCCUGGUGUCCCCCUCACAACUUGCCCUGGCGAAGGAGUGCUGGUGAAGUCCUCACCACCAUCUCCCGACAUGGCCUCAGUGUCAAUGUAGUAAAAUACAUACACGAGAAAGAAUGUCUCUCCACAUGUGUCCAGAACAUGCAACAGUCUGAUGAUCUGUCUCCGCUGGAGAUUGUUGAGAUGUUCGCCGGUCUGUCCUGCUUCCUCAAGGACUCCAGCGAUGUGUCACAGACACUGCUGGAUGAUUUCCGAAUGUGCCAGGGCUACACCUUUCUCUCCGAUCUCAUGCUCAGGCUGGAGCAGGCUAAGGAGGACGAAUCAAAAGAUGCACUGAAAGACCUUGUGAACCUUGUCACCUGUCUCACUACUUAUGGGGUGACUGAGCUGAAACCAGCCGGACUCACCACUGGAGCUCCGUUUCUACUGCCUGGCUUUGUCCUUCCUCAGCCUUCUGGAAAAGGCCACACAGUUCGCAACAUCCAGGCUUUCGCUGUGCUCCAGAAUGCGUUCUUGAAAACAAAAACCAGCCGUCUAGCCUGCAUGCUUCUCGAUGCCAUCGGGAACAUUUACGCUGCAGAUCCUGCCAACUACUUCAUCCUGGAGUCUCAGCACACACUCUCUCAGUUUGCCGAUCGAGUGACGAAGCUCCCAGAGGCCCAGUCAAAGUACUUUGAGCUGCUGGAGUUUGUGGUCUUCAGUCUCAACUAUGUGCCGUGCAAAGAGCUGUUCAGUGUCAGUGUCCUGCUCAAGUCCAGCACGUCGCAUGCCUGCAGCAUCACGGCCAUCCGAACACUACUAAAGCUGGCCCGUCACGACCCGGUGUUCAGUGAUGUGCUUAGGGAGGUGGGCUUGCUGGAGGUGCUGGUUAACCUUCUGCACAAGUAUGCUGCCUUGCUCAAAGACCCUGCCUCGCAACAGCAGUCUCACAACAAUGAACAAGGCGACUGUAAAAACAACUCUAUGGCUGAGGAGCAGAAGCAGUUGGCGUGGCUGGUGAUGGAUACAUUAACUGUUCUCCUGCAAGGAUCCAACACCACUAACACAAAUGCAGCUCUAUUCCGGGAAUUUGGUGGCGCACGCUGCGUACACAAUAUCGUGAAGUAUCGUCAGUGUCGUGAACACGCCCUGCUCAUCAUCCAGCAGCUGGUCCUGUCCCCCAGUGGAGACGACGACAUGGGAACGUUACUGGGCCUCAUGCACUCAGCACCUUCCAGUGAACUGCAGCUGAAGACCGACAUUCUGAGGGCUUUGUUAGCUGUCCUGCGUGAGAGUCACCGAACACGCACUGUUUUUCGGAAGGUCGGGGGUUUCGUCUACCUUACCUCACUGCUGGUGGCCAUGGAGCGUUCACUCUGCCAGCCACCGAGGCACGGCUGGGAGCGGGUCAACCAGAACCAAGUCUUUGAGCUUCUGCACACAGUCUUCUGCGCACUGACUGCGGCGAUGCGCUACGAGCCGGCCAAUUCACAUUUUUUCCGCACUGAGAUUCAGUAUGAGAAGCUAGCUGACGCAGUCAGGUUGUUAGGAUGUUUCUCAGACGUCAAGAAGCUUAGCCCCACCAGUGUGUUUCCUUCAAAUUCUCAGCCUUUCCAGAGGUUGCUGGAAGAUGAGGCUGUCCCUGGAGGCUGUGCUGGAGAAAGUGUGUGUCCUACGCUCAAACAUUGCAGCAAGCUUUUCAUCUACCUGUACAAAAUGGCCACAGACUCAUUCGACAGUCGUGCGGAGCAGGUGCCUCCCUGCCUGACUCAUGAAACCUCACUCCCCUCACCGUGGGGCACGCCAGCACUCGCCAGAAAGAGACAUGGUUACCACGGUUCUUCAGCUCCCAUCAAGAUUCUGAGUGACCUGAAGCCAUACUUCGCCAACCCCUCCUUCCACCCAGCUCCCUCUUCCUCGUCAGAUAUGGUGGUGAUCCAUCCUGGAGCAGUCCUGGCUAUCCUGGACCUGCUGCCUUCGGUUUGCUCUGACAGUCAGCCGGAGCAUGCCCUCGACCUUCAGUUGGCCGUCGCCAACAUCCUCCAGCUUCUGGUCAACAGUGAGAGGAACCAGCAGGUUUUGUGUGAAGCCUGCCUUCAUCAGCGGCUGCUACAGAGAUGCAGUCAAGCCCUCGCAGACGAGGACCACCCGUUGCACCCCCCACUGCAGAGAAUGUUCGAGAGGCUGGCCUCCCAGGCUCUGCAGCCCAUGGCACUCAGGGAAUUCUUGCGACUUGGAAACCCUUUAAACUGCGGAGCCUGGGACAAGAAGUUGUUAAAGCAGUACCGGGUCCACAAACCCAGCUCACUCAGCUAUGACGCAGAGAUGAGAAACAGCAUGACCUUGUCGAUGGAGGGCUUCGGCCAGGACAGCGUGUUCACCACGCCAGCGGAGGACAAUGGCCAGUAUCGCAUCAGCCGCAGUCUGGUGCGUUCAGCAGAGGGCAGCACUGUUCCCCUCACCCGAGUCAAGUGCCUGGUGUCUAUGACGACGCCCCACGACAUCCGUCUGCAUGGGUCCGCUGACAUGCCAGCCUUUGUGGAGUUCGACACAUCGCUGGAGGGCUUCGGAUGCCUGUUCCUGCCGAGCUUGGCACCGCACAACGCGGCCACCAACAACACCAACAACUCAGGCGUGAACGAUGGAACGGUGCUGAGUGGGAUGGGCUCAGGGGAGCGCUUGUUCCCUCCACCAUCGGGCCUCAGCUACUCCACCUGGUUCUGUGUGGAGCGCUUCAGCUCUGCUCCUCAGGCCCACCCAGUGCGACUGUUGACUGUAGUUCGACGGGCCAACUCCUCAGAGCAGCACUACGUCUGCUUGGCUGUGGUUCUGUCUGCCAAAGAUCGGUCACUAACUAUCUCCACCAAGGAAGAGCUACUGCAGACCUACUCAGCAGACGAGUCGAGUGAGGAAGCCUCUUUCUAUGAAAUCCUGCCCUGCUGUGCGCGCUUCCGCUGCGGCGAGCUCAUCGCUGAGGGCCAGUGGCACCACCUGGUGCUGGUCAUGAGCAAAGGUAUGCUGAAGAACAGCAUGGCCACGCUCUACCUCGACGGCCAACUCAUCAAUACCGUCAAGCUCCAUUAUGUGCACAGUGCUCCGGGUGGCUCCGGAUCCACCAAUCCCCCCGUUGUGAGUACAGUAUACGCGUACAUCGGAACGCCACCAGCUCAGCGCCAGCUCUCCACUCUUGUGUGGCGUCUGGGACCUAGCCACUUCCUGGAGGAGGUUCUGCCAGCCACUAGUGUAGCGGCCAUCUUUGAGCUGGGACCAAACAAUGUUGGGAGCCUCCAGGCUGUGUACAUCCCAUGUAAAGACACAAAGGCAGAGGUGGCUCCACCCUCCCCUGUGGUGCUGGUGCCAGAAGAAAAGGUCUCCUUCAGCCUCUAUGCUCUGUCCGUCUCCACUCUCACUGUGGCCAAAAUAAGGAAAGUAUACAACAAACCGGACAGCAAGGCCAUCGCAAAACAGCUCGCUGUGUCUUCGCAUGAAAACGCCACACCAGUCAAGUUGAUCCAUAAUGCUGCAGGCCACCUGAACGGGCCGGCUCGUACCAUCGGAGCUGCUGUCAUCGGCUAUUUGGGUGUCCGAGCCUUUGUGCCCAAGCCUGUGGCUACCAAUCUCCAGUACGUGGGUGGGGCCGCGGCCAUAUUGGGCCUGGUUGCCAUGGCGUCUGACGUGGAAGGACUGUAUGCAGCUGUGAAGGCUUUAGUGUGUGUUGUGAAGAGUAACCCAUUGGCCAGUAAGGAAAUGGAGCGUAUCAAAGGCUACCAGUUGCUGGCGAUGUUGCUGAAGAAGAAGCGCUCACUUCUCAACAGUCACAUCCUCCAUCUCACCUUCUCUCUCGUGGGAACUGUUGACAGCGGCCACGAAACUUCCAUCAUUCCCAACUCCACCGCUUUUCAGGAUCUGCUUUGUGAUUUUGAGGUAUGGCUCCACGCCCCAUAUGAACUUCAUUUGUCGCUGUUUGAGCAUUUCAUCGAGCUGCUGACAGAAUCCAGUGAGGCGGCUAAAAACGCCAAGCUGCUGAGGGAGUUUCAGCUGAUUCCCAGGCUGCUGCUGACGCUCCGGGACACAUCGCUGUCACAACCUACCGUGGCUGCCAUCAGCAAUGUUCUCAGUCUGCUGCUCCAGGGUUUUCCUAACCCGUACGACCUGCUGCGGUUUGGACAAUUCAUCUCAUCUACUCUGCCUACAUUUGCUGUUUGUGAGAAGUUUGUCGUCAUGGAGAUUAAUAAUGAGGAAAAGAUUGAUGGAGCUAAUGAUGACGACUUCGGUGGCCUCCUGUCUGCAAGUCUCAUUCUGCUGAGAAACCGUCUGCUGGACAACCUGCUGCAACUGCUCUUCACAAGCAAAGAGAAGUGCACCGUCAAUGCACAAGCCUGUGAGGAGUUGGUGCGGACGCUGGGCUUUGAUUGGCUGUUGAUGUUCAUGGAAGAACACCUGCACUCAAGCACAGUGACCGCUGCCCUGUGGAUCCUUGUGGUUCUGCUGUCUAACCAGUCCAUCCUGAAUCGCUUCAAAGAAGGUCUGUCUGGAGGCGGCUGGCUGGACCACACUGACUCUGUCCUGACCAACAAGAUUGGGACAGUGCUGGGCUUCAACGUUGGCCGCAAUGCUGGAGGACGCUCCACUCUCAGGGAAAUCAACAGGGAUGCCUGCCACUUCCCAGGAUUCCCGGUGUUACAAACACUGUUGCCCAAACACACCAACGUCCCGGAGCUCUACUUUCUGCUCAUGGCACUAUUCCUGCAGCAGCCUGUCAACGAGCUGCCAGACAGCCUGCAGGUACAUUUUGAUCUGGAUUCCAUUUGGACCUUCAUCUUUGGUAUCCCGGCCUCUAGCGCAGUUGUGGGCUCCAUCCACAGCGUUUGCACUGAGGCAGCCUUCCUGCUGCUGGCCAUGCUGCGCAGCAUGCUCAACCUGCCUUGGCAGUCGGAGGAGGAAGGCUCCUGGCUCCGGGAGUACCCAGUCACUCUGAUGCAGUUCUUUAGGUAUCUUUACCACAACGUUUCGGACCUUGCACCGAUGUGGCACAGCCCAGAGUUCCUCUGCGCUCUGGCUGCGACUGUCUUCCCCUUCAACAUGCGGCCGUACUCAGAGAUGGUCACAGACUUGGACGACGAGGCCGGUUCUCCCAUUGAGGAGUUCAAAGUGUUUGCUGGAGACUCUGGGAUGAAUCGCAGCCAGUCUGAGUACUGCAAUGUGGGCUCCAAGACCUCCCUGACCAACCACCCUGCCAAAAAGUAUGUCUUUGACUUCAUGAGGGUUCUGAUCAUGGACAACAUGUGCAUGACGCCAGCCAGCAAGCAGACACCAGUCAUUGACCUUCUGCUGGAGGCCUCCCCUGAGCGCUCUACCAGGACUCAGCAGAAAGAGUUUCAGUCGAACGUCCUGGACAGUGUCAUGGAGCACCUGCUGGCUGCUGAUGUCCUUCUAGGUGAAGAUGCCUCGCUUCCACUUGGCAGCGGAGGAAGCUACCAGAUUCUGGUCAACAACGUCUUCUAUUUUACCCAGCGGGUGGUGGACAAGCUCUGGCAGGGCAUGUUUAACAAGGACUCCAAAUUGGUGGUUGACUUCAUUGUGCAACUCAUAGGACAGUCUAAGCGCCGUUCUCAGGGUCUCUCUCUGGACACCAUAUACCACUGUCUGAAUCGCACGGUGCUGUACCAGCUCUGUCGGCCACACAAGACUGUAGCACAGCAGGUGGCUUUGCUUGAUGCCUUGCGGGUUUUGACCGUCAAUCGCAACCUGGUGCUGGGACCAGGCAAUCACGACCAGGACUUUGUCGCCUGCUUGGCUCACUGUUUCAUCUGUCUGCACAGCGGGAGCAACGUGGAUGGUUUCGGUUUGGAAGCUGAGGCCCGGAUGACCACGUGGCAUGUCAUGAUGUCAUCGGAAACUGAGGCAGACACUGCAAACAGCCAUGAUGUCAGCGAGGGGAGGCAGCUUCUGCUGAAGGCUGUUAAUCGAGUCUGGACAGAACUGAUGCAUAGCAAGAGACAGAUGCUGGAAGAUAUUUUUAAAGUGUCUCUGCCCUGCAACGACAGAGGACAUGUGGAUAUUGUCACAGCUCGACCUGCACUCGAGGAGCCCGCUUUGAAAAGCUGGCAGAACCAUCUUGUUCACGAGAAGAAGUACAUCAGUCGUGGAGAGACAGUGGUUCCUGCCACCCAGUCCAAGCUAUCCAGGGUCAGCAGUGGGUUUGGUCUCUCAAAGCUGACGGGCGUCAGACGCAAUAAGAAGGAGAACAGUCUAAACAAGAACAGUCUCUCCGCACAGGAAACCUUCCAGUGGAUGUUCACUCACAUUGCUGUUGUUCGCGACCUGGUGGCCAUGCAGUACAAGGAGUAUCAGGAGCGGCAGCAGAAUGCUCUCAAAUACGUCACAGAAGAGUGGGUGUCCAAUGAGUAUGAACUCCUCCGAGAACGAGGCCUCUGGGGGCCACCCAUCGGCUCCCACCUGGACAAGUUUGUGCUGGAGAUGACAGAGGGUCCUUGUCGUAUGAGGAAGAAGAUGGUCCGCAAUGACAUGUUCUACAUUCACUACCCUUACAUCCCUGAGUCUGAGAACAACACCAAUUCAGCACAGAAGCCCCAGCGUUACCGGCGUGCUAUCAGCUACGACAGUAAAGAGUACUACAUGCGCUUGCUGUCUGGAAACCCUGGCAUGUAUCAGCACUCUGUGGAGCAUAACACCGAGGGGGAGACCACACAGCAUGAACCUGAACACGGCGAGGACACCAUUGCUAGAGUCAAAGGCCUGGUGAAAGCUCCACUGAAAAGGUCUCGGUCAACAGCAGAUGGAGCUGACGAGGACAGUCAGGACCAGCUUCAGGACCAGCUGCUGGAGUCAGGAGGCCCGGAGGAGGAGCAGAGGACCGACAACACUUCGCUGCUGCGCCUCCUGGAGGAGGGAGAGAAGAUUCAGCACAUGUACCGCUGCGCAAGAGUGCAGGGGCUGGACACAAGCGAAGGUCUGCUGCUGUUUGGAAAGGAACAUUUCUAUGUCAUCGAUGGGUACACCAUGACCGUGUCCAGAGAGAUCCGGGACAUCGACACUCUGCCCUCUAAUUUGCACGAAGCAAUCAUCCCCCGCGGAGCCAGACAAGGUCAAAGCCAGCUGAAGAGAACCUGCAGCAUCUUUGCUUAUGAGGACAUCAAGGAGGUGCACAAGAGACGAUAUCUGCUGCAGCCUAUGGCAGUGGAGGUCUUUUCUGCUGAUGGAAGGAACUACUUGUUAGCAUUCCAGAAGGGCGUUCGCAACAAAGUGUACCAAAGGUUCUUGGCGGUGGUGCCGUCACUAGCUGACAGCUCAGAGUCAGUAUCCGGCCAGAGGCCAAACACAAGUGUUGAACAAGGGUCUGGUCUUCUCAGUACCCUGGUUGGGGAGAAAUCUGUGACCCAGAGAUGGGAGCGUGGGGAGAUCAGCAACUUCCAGUACCUGAUGCACCUGAAUACUCUGGCCGGACGCUCCUACAACGACUUGAUGCAGUAUCCAGUCUUCCCUUGGAUCCUGGCUGACUUCGACUCUGAGGAGUUAGACCUCAACAGCCCAAAGACAUUUCGCAACCUUGCUAAACCAAUGGGAGCUCAGACUGAUGACAGACUGACCCAAUACAAGAAGAGGUACAAGGACUGGGAGGACCCCAAUGGUGAAACACCUGCCUAUCACUACGGCACUCACUACUCUUCAGCCAUGAUCGUGGCCUCUUAUUUGGUCCGGAUGGAGCCCUUCACCCAGAUCUUCCUCCGUUUGCAGGGAGGACAUUUUGACCUGGCGGACAGAAUGUUCCACAGUGUGCGUGAAGCCUGGCUCUCUGCCUCCAAACACAACAUGGCUGAUGUCAAGGAGCUGAUCCCAGAGUUCUUUUAUCUGCCAGAGUUCCUACUCAACUCCAACAACUUUGACCUCGGUGCAAAGCAGAAUGGAACAAAGCUUGGUGAUGUGAUCCUGCCCCCCUGGGCCAAAGGUGACCCCCGGGAGUUCAUCAGAGUCCACAGAGAGGCUCUCGAGUGUGAUUAUGUCUCCGCUCACCUGCACGAGUGGAUCGACCUGAUUUUCGGCUAUAAGCAGCAGGGACCCCCAGCAGUGGAGGCUGUCAACGUGUUCCAUCACCUUUUCUACGAAGGUCAAGUGGACAUCUACAAUAUCAACGACCCUCUGAAGGAGACGGCCACAAUUGGCUUCAUCAACAAUUUCGGGCAGAUCCCCAAGCAGCUGUUUAAGAAGCCACACCCGCCUAAACGUGUUCGCAGCAAAGCCAAUGGGGACGUGGCAAGCGCCCCUCCGAGUUCCAGCAGUGACAAGAUAUUCUUCCACCAUCUGGACAAUCUCAGACCUUCUCUCACACCAGUCAAAGAACUGAAGGAGCCCGUGGGUCAGGUCGUCUGCACAGACAAAGGCAUCCUGGCAGUGGAGCAAAACAAAGUCCUGGUUCCGCCAACAUGGAGCAAGACAUUCGCUUGGGGCUAUGCUGACCUCAGCUGCCGCCUUGCCAACUAUGAAUCUGACAAGGCCAUGGUGGUGUAUGAGUGUUUGUCAGAGUGGGGUCAGAUCCUCUGCGCCAUUUGUCCAAAUCCAAAGUUGGUCAUCACAGGCGGCACCAGCACCGCCAUCUGUGUGUGGGAGACGGGGACGUCUAAAGAGCGGGCCAAGUCACUCACCCUGAAACAGGCUUUGCUCGGCCACACAGACGCCGUCACGUGUCUGACUGCUUCAUCUGCGUACCACAUUGUUGUCAGUGGCUCCAGGGAUCGAACAUGCAUUAUCUGGGACCUCAAUAAACUUUCCUUCGUCACUCAGCUGAGAGGACAUCGAGCGCCCGUCUCCGCACUGUGCAUCAAUGAACUGACUGGUGAUAUUGUGUCCUGUGCCGGCACUUACAUUCACGUCUGGAGCAUCAACGGAAGCCCCAUCGCCAGCGCCAACACCUUCACUGGCCGCAGCCAGCAGAUCUUGUGUUGUUGUGUGUCUGAGAUGAACGAAUGGGACACGCAGAACGUCAUCGUCACAGGACACUCGGACGGUGUCGUCAGGUUUUGGAGAACCGAGUUCCUACAAGUCCCUGAGACCCCGGCUCCAGAGCCAGUCGAGCCAGAUGUGUCCGACUGUAUCAGCGAAGAGAAGAUCGAAGGCAGUGAGAGUCACAAUGGUGGCGAUGACGACAGCAGUGAGUCAGACGGAGAGGAGCCCAGUCUGAGUCAGGAACCCAAAGCACCAAGGAACCCGUCAACAGGAGGAGGGAGCCAGCCAGGCAGCACUGUGCACAGGCCCAGAGGUCCUUCUGCCCGACCCGGCGCCUCCUGGUCGAUGGACAGCGGUUCAGACGACUCUCAUCGCUGGUCAGACACGCUCAGCAUCGACGAGAAGGAAGGUUUUGUGUUUGUGAACUACUCUGAGGGCCAAACUAGAGGCCCCCAUCCUCAUCCAGCUCAUCCCAGCCAAAGUCUGAUGCCUCAGAUGGUUCACUCAUCUGCCAUGGAAGCACGGACAUACAACCAGCUCCGAGCAGGCCACAGAUGGGAGCGCCAGCUGGUGUUCCGCAGCAAACUCACCAUGCACACUGCGUUUGAUCGCAAGGACAACGCUCACCCUGCUGAGAUCACCUCGCUCGCCAUCUCCAAGGACCACAGUAAAAUCCUGGUAGGUGAUGGACGCGGUCGAGUCUUCAGCUGGUCGGUCAGCGACCAGCCGGGUCGGUCAGCAGCUGACCACUGGGUGAAGGAUGAGGUGGUGGACAGUUGCUCUGGCUGCACAGUUCGCUUCUCACUCACGGAGCGGCGCCACCACUGCAGGAACUGCGGCCAGCUCUUCUGCCAGAAAUGCAGCCGCUUCCAGUCAGAGAUCAAGCGUCUGAAAAUCUCCUCGCCGGUGCGGGUCUGUCAGAACUGUUACUACAACCUGCAGCACGAGCGCGGGGCGGAGGACGGCAGCAAAAACUGACUGCGGCUCGGUAGAAACUCGCCGACCUGCUGAGAUGUUCUGUCCUCCAGCUUCCUCACUGUAACUCUCCUCCACCGUACUACGCAUUCUCAUGUACAGAAGCACUGACAAGGCUGAGGUGGACGUGAAGCAAACUUAAAAAAAAGAAAAAAAAAAAGAAGCCCUCCAUCAGCACCUUGUCACAUGAAGGCUACACACUAGCAUGAUUGAAUUCUUUCUGCGCUCGGAUCAAAAUGUUUAUAUGUAAAUAGUUAUAACAGCCUUUUUAACUCGUGAGAGGAUCAAUUGAAAGAAAUACGAUCAAUAAUUUAAAGAACGCCUGUAACAUAGUGUUGUGACUAACAACCUCCCGGCUUUAAAACAAUUGUUGUGUCACGGCGGUGUGGGGGGAAACGAAUGUCAAUAAUUCUUGUCACUAGUGGAUCUAGUUAUGCAAAAUUACUUUUUUAAAAUCGUUUACAAGUGUGCGAUUAAUUUUCCCACGGUGUGAAGCCAGAGAAAGACGCUAACCAUCAUUGGCCAAAAUGUUUCUUGGGUUUUUUUUUUUCUUUUUAUUCGCUCGAGUCACCGUUUUUUGUUCCGUGUUAUUCCCAUGAUGGUGAAUUUGUCACUGCUUCUGUCAGACCGGACACGUCGUCAUUUCAGACUUUAUUUUGAAACCAUAUCAUGACGUUUGUUUGUCUACGAAGGUGUUUGGUUCGACUUCUGUAAGAAAUAAUUUGAGGUAAAAUAACCACACUCUAUUACUUGUCUUUCUGCCGCCUUAUUUUUGUUAUCAUUCAAAUUCAAAAGGGAUUCUUCUUGUUUUUUUUUUACUCUU